AUGGCCAGAAUCAAGCAAACUUCCAGGCAAACGAACCUAGAUGACUCCUUUAGGGCGCCUCUUAGUGAGCUGUCGGACAGGCCGUCUGGAACCCCAAAUACCGCAAGUGAUUCUGUUUUAAGUGAAUCAGGGGAUGAACAUCAAAAUGAGGACUCAGGCUCUGUUGAACAGGCUCCCCAUGCGGAUGCUAGGUCCGAGAGCUCAGGCAGCGACUCUUUGCUAAGCACUUUAAGCAGAGUUUUUGAUGACUCUGAAGAGAAGCACUCUCGGAAAGCCAGGGAAGAGAUCCUGGAUAAGGGCCUUUUUAAGGUGGACAUCCAAGCCAAUAGAGAGACUAGGGAAAGAGAGUUCAUUCCCCAGAGCUACAUUCCCAAGUAUAACUGGUUGUACAAUGGGACCUAUCUGGCCGCUUGUAGCCUUAGUGUAGAAGAGCCGAGAGAUAAAGCUAUGGAUAAGCUCUCGGAAUCCAAGAAAGCUGCUGCACAAUACCGCUCGGCCAUCCUCGGCAAGCGACCAGCUGAAGAGUCGCUUGCUUCGCAGGCGCCCAAGGCGACCGCCAACCUGCAGGUUAAGGCUGAUUUGGAAGCUACGAAGAGGCGGGUUUCUGAGCAGGUUCAGCAGGUCAAGGACCUUAAGGCCAAGCUCGAGCCUCUCAAAGAGGCGGAGAAAGAAGCAGAAGACCUUCGUACUCGCGUGGACAAACUGAAACAACGGUUGGCUAACCAGGAAGUCCAGCUUGCCAAAAAAUACACUUCUAGAGCCAAGGAAGAAAAGCAGGCCUUGGUCAAAGACAUGAUGGACGACUACAACUUGGGCGGCCAAGCUGAAGAUGGUGAAGAGGAGGAGGACAAGUCGUCUGAUCCGGCUGAUGGGUCUGAUCAGGAGGAGGAGGAAGAUGCUGAAAAAGAAUAG